CGCGGCGCAUGCGCAGGACAGACCGGGCCCGGGGGGCGGCGGCGCUGAGUGUUCAUGUCCGGGCUGCGGGCGCUGCUGGGCUUCGGGCUGCUGGUGGCGGGCUCGCGCCUGCCGCGGGUUCGAGCCCAGGCGGGCAGCUGUCAGCGCGCGGACCCUGCCUGCUGGCUGCCGCCGAGGCGGCCGAUCUCGCGGGGGGAUCCCGGCAGGGACGAGGUGAUGGCGAGCUCGGCGGUGAAGUACUUGAGCCAGGCGGAGGCCCAGGCUGUGGACGAGGAGCUCUUCAGCGACUACCAGUUCAGCGUGGACCAACUCAUGGAGCUGGCGGGGCUGAGCUGUGCCACCGCCGUGGCCAAGGCCUAUCCCCCUUCGGCCAUGGCCAGGAGCCCCCCCACUGUCCUGGUCAUCUGCGGGCCCGGGAAUAACGGAGGCGACGGGCUGGUGUGCGCGCGACACCUCAAACUCUUCGGCUACCAGCCAGCCGUCUAUUAUCCUAAAAGGCCCAACAAGCCCCUCUUCACAGCCCUGGUAACCCAGUGCCAGAAGAUGGACAUUCCGUUCCUGGGAGAGAUGCCCUCAGAGCCCACGCUGAUUGAUGAGUUCUAUGACCUGGUGGUGGACGCCAUCUUUGGCUUUAGCUUCAAGGGGGAUGUUCGGGAACCAUUUCGCAGCAUCCUGAGUGUCCUGAAUGGACUCACUGUACCCAUUGCCAGCAUUGACAUUCCCUCAGGAUGGGAUGUGGAGAAGGGAAAUUCUUCAGGGAUCCAGCCAGACUUGCUCAUCUCUCUGACAGCACCGAAACAGUCUGCAAGACAGUUUACUGGCCGCUACCACUACCUAGGGGGCCGCUUUGUCCCACCUGCUCUGGAAAAGAAGUACCAGCUGAACUUGCCAACCUAUCCGGACACAGAAUGUGUCUUUCGGCUCAAGUAAGGAAUGGUGAUGUGCCUUCUUCCCAGUCAGGACUUGGUCUCUAUCCUGGAACUGGGCAUUCCUAUGAGCACUUUUGGCAAUAAAAUCUGUUGGAUAGCUAAAA